CCAGCUCAUUUAACCUGUGCUCAUCCGGACUUCACCUCUUUAACCUGCCUCUGAGGAAUCUGAAGAAAUCUUAGUUUUUCCUUCACCAACAAUCAGAACCACCAGAACCAUCCAGAACAGCCGAUCCAGGAUAAUGAAAUGGCGCAGAAAUUAGAUCUCACUGAGAAGGAACUUUCCUGUCAUCUCUGCUGCCAUAUCUACGAGGAUCCUGUGCUGCUGCCUUGUCAUCACAGCUUCUGUCAAGAAUGCCUGCAGGAGUACCGGGAAAGCAAGAAAACGCUCAAAUGCCCCGUGUGCAAGAAACCAGCUCCCAAAGGUUUACCUCCAGCUAACCUGCAACUGCAGGCAAUGUGUGACAGAUUCCGUCAGGAGAGAAGGAGAUCAGCAGAGAGGCACGAGACUCUCUGUGACCUGCACAAGGAGAAACUCAAGCUCUUCUGCCUGGAGGAUAAGGAGCCGGUUUGCGUCGUGUGCAAGGAGAUGAAACUGCACAGCACACACAACUUCAGACCACUGGAUGAAGCAGCAACGGAACACAGGGUGAUGCUCCGCUCUAAACUGAAGCCCUUGCAGGAGAAGCUUAAUUCAUUUUUAAAAGCUAAACUGAUUUGUGAUCAGACGGCGCAGCACAUUAAGAGCCAGGCCCAGCAAACAGAGAGACACAUUAAAGAAGAGUUCCAGAAACUUCACCAGUUUCUACGAGAAGAAGAAAAAGACAGUUUGUCUGCACUGAAGGAGGAGGAGGAGGUGAAAAGCCAAAAGACACGGGGCACCAUCAGUAGAAUAAACGACCAAAUCCUCCACCUGUCCCAAAUAAUCACAUCUACAUAUGAAGAAUUAUCAUCUGAGGACACAGCUUUUCUUCAGAAAUACAAAGAAAUUGAUGACAGAACUGACUAUGAUGUACAAGAUCCAGAGAUCCUGUCUGAAGUUCUGAUUGAUACGGCAAAGCACCUGGGCAAUCUGAAGUUCAGAGUAUGGGAGAAGAUGAAGGAUAUGAUCACUUACACUCCUGUGAUCUUAGACUCCAACACUGCCCACCGGCGUCUCGCCCUCUCCAAUGACCUCACCAGCUUUGUGUGUCAAGAUGAGCACAGACAGAUUCCUGAAAACCCAGAGAGGUUUGACCAUCAUCUGUGGGUCCUCGGCUCUGAGGGCUUCAGCUCAGGAUCACACUACUGGGAUGUUGAGGUGGAAAACUGUAAAGAGUGGGCUCUGGGGGUUGUAACGGGUGCUAUGCAGAAGGGUAAGACAUUCUUCAGUGGGAUAUGGAAAUGCCAUUACGAGAACAUUUUGUAUGGGGCUAGUUCCACUGGAGGACCCACCGACAUCCUCAAAGUGAGGGGGAGCUUACGGAAGAUCAGAGUGCAGCUGGACUGGGAUGAAGGAAAAGUCUUGUUUUAUAACCUCAACAAUGGACGACCUUUACAGACUUUUUCACACAAGUUUAGAGCACCGGUCUUCCCUUACUUCUGUAACCAGUGUAAAACGUAUCCACUGAGGAUUUUGCCAAAGGAGAUCUCUAUAGCUGUACCACAGGAGUGUAGCGCACAUGAACUAGCUUUUCUGGCUACAUACUCUACUGCUUAGACUUACAGGUCUAUGCCUACUUCAAUUCCAUGUGGAUUCCCUAAACUUUGAAAAGGUUAUCGUAUUUACAUAAAUUUGUAUUUUAAAGGACCAAUGUGUAAUUAUAUUUGCUGUACUAACUAUUUUCUUUAACUAUGUGUUUCUACUGUCCAGGGAAAAGCUUUCUACUAGGUUUUUGCAUUAGUGCAUUAGUGAGGUCAGGAUUUGGAUCAUUACCAACCCACCCAAUCAUCCCCAGUCUUCUAACUCAUCAAAAAAGUCAGAUAGAGUGCCAGCAUUCAAGAGAAUGCAGCUCAAUUCCUUUGUAACCCCUCAAAACCCAUGUUUGGCUCUAGGCUUGGUUCCAAUAGGUGCAAUGUUGUCUGUUUAUCUGCUCUAGAAAGUCUUAGGGCCCUUUUGUGCACUAUGCCCAAGGCACGCUGCGAUGCUCAUUGCUAUCUUACACCCCGUCAACAGUCUAAUUUCACGCCUUUCAUCCGCACCAUUAAAAUAGCUUCAGAGUUUAGGACUAUAUUUACGCCAAAGGGUGUGGUGGUCUGGAAGCGAGGUGUGUUCAGGUAAAUAUCUGGCGUGUUUCUAUCUUAUCGGCGGGAAAUACCGGUGCGCCACUAACUGAUUAAAACCCUGACAACAAUCAACAGUCAGCCGUGCAAAAGCACCACUGCUAAGCAAUCAACGUGCCAAACCCAAAGUACAACUGGCUCUUAAAGGUAAUGACAAGUGGCACACUGAUUGGUUUAUUUCAAAUUUCAAGCUCAAAAUAUUCCCAUGAUUAUUGAGAGAAUUAGUACAUGCCUUUUGCAUGUUUCGAGCCGUGCAAGGUGUAAGACACACCAACGCAUGCCCUAAAUCAAGCUGCGUGAUGCACAAUUGACCGGUGCAGUAUAGAUCACAUAAAUAAGGCCCUUAGUGUUUUAGUGAAUGCAUAUGUGCGUGCAUUUGCACAUCUGAGACAGCCAUAGGGGCUCCUUAAAGUAGGUAAAUGCAUUUGUAACAACUGAUCUCUCCACACAUUUGUACAGUAUAGCGUAUAGUGUAUAUUAAGAGAGCUAGGCCUCAUGGCUGAUAGCAGAUUUGCCAGGUUUGUGCCUCUUGAACACAACAAAAUAGUAUAACAACAUUGAACUCAAGAACUGACAAUUCUUACAUAAAAAACUACAAUAAUCUUGUUACUAUGCUAAAAAAAAUAGGCUAUACUAUGCUAUACAAAUCAGUGCCUCUUAGUAAACUGGCCAAUCAGAGCAAGCUUAUUAAAUGAUUCACUUUUAUUUAUUCACCAUAACAGGAAAAUAACAGGGUUGUACUGUAAAUUGGAGGGUAAAAUGACAUUUGAACAUUUUUCCACCACACCAAAGCCACAAACGUACUAUUAAUAUGUCAUAUAGAAGUUUAAAAUACUGAAUAAAUAUAUUCUAUGGUAUAUUUAAAAGUGAGAAUCAGAUAUUACUCACACUACACAUUACGGUAGCUGUGAUGGUGGCUGGCAUUUAAAAAAAAACAGUUAUUUACAGUUAUUUAUUUCAUUCAUGAGCUGUCGUCAUAUGUCAGGAAUGGUAUAUUAACACUGAGCACUGUAUGGCAUUUUCUGUCAGUGAAUGACAUUAAACGUGUGGCAUUUACCUGCCGUUCUGCCUUUUGUAACGCUGCUGCUUUGUGUUUACUAUAUUCCAUUUUAUUUCAGAGUAAAAUACAUGUUAGAGAUGGAAGUAAAAAG